AUGGCUAGAAAAAACAUUAUUUUAGAGUAUACUAUAGUGUUAACAUUGUUGGCAUUUUGUUUUUUGGUAACAGAAGGGGCACCUCAGGGUGCACUGGUAACUCAAAUCCCUGGCUUCACUGGCAAAUUGCUGUCAAAACAUUAUGCUGGGUAUGUUAAUUUAGAUGAAAGCCAUGGCAAGAAUAUGUAUUACUACUUUAUUGAAUCUGAAAGAAACCCAUCAAAUGAUCCAGUUGUUCUUUGGCUUAAUGGUGGACCUGGCUGUUCAAGCUUUGAUGGAUUUGUCUAUGAGCAUGGACCUUUUAAUUUUGAGUUGGGGAAGGCAAAUGGUAGCUUGCCUAUUCUGCAUAACAAUCCAUACAGUUGGUCAAAGGUUUCCAAUAUAAUAUAUCUGGAUUCUCCUGUUGGUGUUGGAUUAUCUUACUCGAAAAAUAAAGCUGACUAUAAUACAGGAGACUUAAAAACUGCAACCGAAACCCAUGCGUUUCUCCUCAAGUGGUUUGCAAUCUACCCGGAGUUCCUCAAGAACCCAUUCUACAUAUCUGGAGAGUCUUAUGCUGGAAUAUACGUGCCAACUCUGGCUUCUGAAGUAGUAAAAGGUAUCGAUGCUAAAGUAAAUCCCGUCAUCAACUUUAAGGGUUACAUGGUGGGAAAUGGCGUGACAGAUGAGAAGAUAGACGGUAAUGCUAUUGUUCCAUUUCAACAUGGUAUGGGCCUCAUUUCAGAUAAAUUAUUCGAGGAUGCAACUGCUGCAUGCAAAGGAGACUUCUACAUCUCAAGCAGUCAGAAUUGUACAUCAUUACUAUUAAAAAUUAGUCAGAAAGUUAUGGGACUAAACAUUUAUGACAUACUAGAACCGUGUUACCACACCCCUUUUAGCACCAAAAACUCAGAAUUGCCAAUGAGCUUUCGUAAACUAGGUGAGACAGAAAGGCCUCUUCCUGUCAGAACCAGAAUGUUUGGCCGUGCUUGGCCUUUUAAUGCUCCAGUAAGAGAGGGACUUGUCCCAUCUUGGCCAGAGCUUCUCGAUCAUAAUAAUGUCUUUUGCACUGAUGAUACUGUUGCUACUGCGUGGCUAAACAAUGAAGAUGUUCGUAAAGCAAUUCAUGCUGAACCAGCAACUGUGACAGGUCCUUGGGAGCUAUGCAAACACUUAAACUUCACUCAUGAUGCUGGAAGCAUGAUUCCGUAUCACAAAAACCUUACAACUCAGGGUUAUCGGGCACUCAUAUACAGUGGGGAUCACGAUAUGUGUGUACCAUACACUGGUUCAGAAAAAUGGACAAGUUCACUUGGAUAUGCAAUCGUGGAUGAAUGGAGGCCUUGGUAUACGAAAGAAAAAAUCCAAGGUUCCCAACAAGUUGCAGGUUACACACAAGGUUAUGCCAACAACCUCACUUUUCUGACUAUUAAGGGAUCUGGACACACCGUGCCAGAGUACAAACCACAAGAGUCGUUGUAUUUCUACGACAGUUGGCUACAGGGCAAGAAAAUUUGA